AUGGAUGAUUUUAUAGACAAGGAGAAGGAGCUUGAAAAUAAUUCUGUUAUGAACCUGAAGCCAAUGGAGGAAGUAGAGAAUAGGGGUGAUUCAAAUUUCUUUGUGAGGGUUACCAAUCUAGCUGCAGAAAUCAUAUUGGUCUUGUGCAUUUCUUUCGUGUAUUUCACCGAGAAAAUCAUUUACUAUGGCAUCGUGACAAAUCUGGUUCUAUUUUGCACGAACGAUCUGGGUUACUCGAGCGCCGACGCUGCGGUCUAUAGUCUUGUUUUCACCGGGACGAAUUACGUCUUUACCAUUUUCGGAGGAUGGCUCUCCGAUUUUUGGCUUGGAAACUAUAACGCUAUCUACCUGGGCUCACUCAUCUGCUUUAUAGGUACUACUAUGCUGCCUCUGAUAGCGUACAAGUGGCCCUUGGUUUAUGGUGCAGCUUAUGGGUUCGACCUGGGGAGCAAGAGGGUAUACUUCCUCAUAACUCUGACCAUUGUGAAUAUUGGAACCGCCCCCAUCAAGGCAUGCUGUGGACCCUUCGCCUGUGUACAAGUGGAAGAAUAUGGAAAUAGAGCGAUACAGGUCACUUACCAUUGGGUGUAUUUCAUUUCCGAGAUCGCUCCACUCUUCACCUACUCAGUGCUUUCAUACGUCGAGGAAGAGGUCUCUUUUUUCUUGGGUUUCAUCGUUGUUCUCUGUUUCAACGUCGUCGGCAUCUUGGUCUUCGCUACGGGUCGAGAUAUGUACAAAAUGAGACAACCGAAAGGGCACCAGGCAUUGCUCCAAGUCGUCCGAAUGCUAAAGAGUGCAACAUCAAUGUAUUCAGAGAGACACGGCAAAUGCUCUACAAUAUGUUGUAGUUGCUUAUGUUCCUCAGCAUGUUGUUGCAGUGGCCAACCUGUCACCGAGACCACUCCACUCUUAACCGUGGUGAAUGAAAAUCAAACCCAGCUUCGUCGAAUCGAUACUACCGGGGGAUCGUUGUCGAGAUCGUCUGGUAACGAUAUUGAUAGAAUCGAAAUGAUUCAACAUGGAUUUCUGGAAGAUCUUAAGAUUGAAAAUGGCGGGCCUUAUUCAACAGAAUCUGUGGAAGAAUUAAAAUGGCUGCUCAAUACCCUUCUUGUUUUAUCAGUUGCCAUUCUCUAUAAUACUAUUCGAUUCCAGUACUCUUCUACCUAUCUGCUUCAGGGAGAACGGAUGGACCUAGAUGGUAUACCAGUUGCCUUCCUGGCCCUCUUUGUACCUCUCUUCGUCAUCAUCACCGUGCCGAUUGUCGACCGCUUCGUCUACCCUUUCCUCGAAUCUCGAGGUGUAAGAGUCACACUGGUCAAACGAAUAGCAUUCGGUCUGGUGUCUGGGCUUUUAUCCGUCCUCUAUGCAGCCCUGGUGGAGGUCAUUCGUAAAUACAAACUCAGGAAUGGAGGCGGUUUUGACCAGGAAAUAUCGGGAGUCAUUUUUCACGCUUCAUCUCUGUCUAUCCUCGCUCAAAUCCCUGAAUACAUAUUCAUCGGUAUCGCGGACGUCUUCGUUCUCAUCACAGGUCUAGAAUUUGCCUUUUCCCAGUCUCCAAAAUCUCUGCAAGCAUUCAUCACGGGAAUAUACCUCUUUUACAAUGGUAUCGGCAGCUAUGUAGGAUCUUUACUCGUUAUCAUUGUCAACGCAGCUUCAGCAGGGGAUGAAUGGAUUCCUAACGAUAUCAACAAAGGUCAUCUGGAAUAUUACUUUUUGCUCCUGGCCGGUGUCAUCAUCUUCAACAUGAUCUACCUAUACGUCAUUACCAGGAAUUAUCAAUAUGUGCAGCAGUAUAACAGACGCUCGAGUCAACAGGGUCAAUAAAACAAUUUUGAUUUUAAAGAAUCAUCAUUUAUCUGACUUUUCUUUGUUGCGAAGCGUUUCUGGCUCUCGUCUAGUUAGCAGAGGGUUGUGUGUUCGAAUUCCCCCACGGCCUAGCGUCUUUAAUGCGUCAACACUCCACUUGGAAACUCUCCGCCCCUGUUUUAAAUGUGUAACCGGUAGGAUGCAGAAACCUAUGUACUAUAUCUAGAAAUUUAGUUUGGAAACUCUUGUUUGAAGGCUUCCCAGGGAGUGGAGAAUGUGCAUACCUUGUAUGCAGGCAAGCCUGGUACGGGUGUUUCAUAAAGCUGUUCGUAAGUUAAGAGCGACUUUAAGAACGACUGGUGAUCCUUUCUUACGCGCGUUACCAUCGCUAAUGAAUAUGCCGUUACCACAAUAAAGGAUCACCAGUCGUUCUUAAAGUCGCUCUUAACUUACCAACAGCUUUAUGAAACGGCCCCCAGGACCCGAUGACCGGGGUAUGUAAAGCGAUUUGAGACGUCAUUGCGAUAUAUCGAAACGCUAUAUACAAAAGAAAAAUUAGUAGCAGUAGUAUCAUUCAUAGAGCAAUCCAAUCUGGACUAUCGUAACAGGGUUAUUUAUAAGACGGUUAACAUGGUUAAUGAGUGAAGUGCGUCCAGAUUACUUUUACCACGAUCAUCAAUUCAACUAGUCUUUCACUGUGAAAAUAUCGGUGUUGGUUUAACACCAGCCUGGUAUAUCGGAAAACGACAAGGAAGUGUUGAAACAACACCAAUUAAGAAUCAAACUGAUAUUGGUUAAACACUGAUUAGUAUUGUUUUAAUGCCUAUUUGGCGUUAUCAUAAAGCCGAAGUGUGCUGUUUCAACACCUCUCUGGCGCAUUCCUAUAGUUACCGAGCUGGUGUUGAAUUAACACCUGUAUUUUUCGAUUGUACCCGCAUAAUAUAAACGUAUUCUUUCCCGGGGAAUAUUUUAUUAGGAAAAUGAUAGGGGGAUUCAUAUCAUGUUCCGGAGUGUAAUGAACUCCUUCCUUCUAUAAGAGAGUGAAAAACAGAGGAGUCGCAUAAUCGUUUAAAAUGGUGAACAGUUCGUCCUUAAGAAAUAACCAUGGUCGAACAUUAUUAUUUCUACAGUCUUCAGACUUGUCAUAUCAUCGUCCAGCCUUUGUUUGAUUAUCACUGUAUGGUUAGAAUUAGGGACUUGUGAGUGGACUCGUUAUUACACACUAAGAAAUAAAGGUUCAAAAUUGAACCC